GCAGUAUCACAUCCAACUUUGGUUUCGAGUUCAUUUGUUUUGCUAACAUCAACUUAAAAAAAUCAAAAUGUUCAAAUUGUUCAUCUUCGCUUGCUUCCUCGCCCUGGCCGCCGCUAAACCCGGCGUAUUUCCUGUGGCUUACACCGCGCCGGUAGCCGCAGCGUACACCGCACCAGUAGCCGCGGCCUACACCGCGCCCCUCGCCUACUCUGCCUACUCCGCCUACACUGCGCCUGUUGCUGCAUACUCUGCUUACACAUACGCAUCUCCUUAUGCUGCUUACUAUCUUCGUCCCAGCGCACUUCUCAACAUCACACAAUUACUUGCUCUCAAACUCACUUCACUUCAAUCCAACAAAAUGUUCAAACUGUUCAUCUUCGCCUGUUUCCUCGCCCUGGCGGCCGCCAAACCCGGAGUCUUGCCAGUGGCUUACACCGCGCCGGUAGCCGCAGCGUACACCGCACCAGUUGCCGCGGCCUACACCGCGCCUCUCGCCUACUCCGCCUACACCGCGCCUGUUGCUGCUUACUCUGCUUACACAUACGCAUCUCCCUACGCAGCAUACUACUUUCUCAUCAAAAUCAUAUUUGCCGCCCUCCUCGCCGUGGUUGCUGCCAAACCCGGCAUCCACUCUGUUGCAUACCCGGCGGCCCCUGUGGUUGCUGCAGCAUACACCGCUCCAGUUGCCGCAGCGUACACAGCACCAGUUGCCGCAGCGUACACAGCACCAGUUGCCGCAGCGUACACUGCCCCAGUAGCUGCAGCAUACCCUGCGCCAUUUGCCGCAUACGCUGCCCCCUACGCUUACAGCUCACCGUUGGUAGCGGCCGCGUACAAAGCUCCAGUUGCCUUCUUCAAAUGAUUACGAUCUCCCAUUGACCGAUACAUGAUUAAAUAGUUAUGAAGU